ACCAAAUUGAAAGCCUAAAGGGUAGUAUUGACAAUUUACUGAAGGAUGGGAACACCCUGUCCGACUUGGAGACUCUAAAAGAAUCCCUAGCCAAGCUGGAGCUAUACUCAGAGCGCAAUAAUGCGGAUCUGGCUAUCCACCUCGGAAACACGGAGCGGACCAGCAGUGCCUACAAUGACAGAA